AUGGCUCCCCGAACGGUCUAUACAUUCGGAGGCCGCUACAAAAGCAUCGCUGCUGUCGAAGAUGCGCCAUUCGCGGAGUUCAUCUCUGUGAGAGAAACUGGCCUCAAAUUCAACGUCGUCCACCCAGUCCCGGUCGCGUAUCUGCGUGACCUAGACUCACGUGAACGCGAUGCGGUCCACAAGCACAUCACUUCUCAGCUAUUCAGCAACAGCUACAAAGACGUCGGAUUUAUUGAAGCUGCAGAAAAGACCUUGGGUCUGUUGGAGACAGUCCAACAGGAUAUGGACCAUGAUCGCUCGACCACUGCGGACCUAACAACCACGGAUGCGACCAGCAACCGGACAUACCACACGGCAAAAGAGUACAAAGAGAGCCGCAGCUCCCAUGGCUCGACGGAUCAAUUGGACGGUGAUACUCAUACUACGCGUGGCGUACAACCGAAAUCCUCUAAGCGGUCUCGCGAUAUAGAUGCUUGGAAGAAGGAUGUCCCGCGUGGCCACGCUCCGCCAGCGGUCAGCCAACCAAGCUCAUGUCUGCAAUCCAAGAGUGGAAGCGGAUCGCGGUCAUCAAGCUCCAGCAGGAUGCGGAAGCCUCGUAGGCGUAUCGACUUCCGAAAGGACGCAAAGCUUGACGAGAAGACGCGCAUCAUAGUCGUAGAGCACACCGCUGCGAGUCAAGAGUUGGAACUUCAAGAAAAGCACCUUGCUAGCCUCGAGUUGCUGGCUUUGACUGUCACCAGCUCAGCUGCGCGACGCGAUCUCAAAGGUGCUAUCCGAAAGGCUCGUACAGCAGUCGAGAAGGUGCGCGUCCUCGAACGCAAGUGCAAGGGUGCUCUAUCUGACUCCCGGGCACUUGUAGUAGAUGCUCUCGACCUUGCUGAUGAUCUUUGGGAGAGAUCAGAAGCGGAGGCGGAUGAAGGAUCAACGGUAUCUUCGCCAACAACAGUAUUUUCGUCGACACAACGGAGUACAUCCACUGCCCUAUCGGAGCCCGAAUCCUUGGUACCGGCCCGGUUCGCCUCUCCCUCGGAAGUUGUGUUCCUGAAGCACGAACUGCAGAAGAUCGACGACGAUCUUUCGGAGUCGAUGAGGACUUUGAACGGGGUCAUCACUCGUUCACUUAACCGAGAGGGCGUCAUCAAAAGCAUAGAUCGCGCACGGGCAUGCCUUGACAAACUUCACAUCAUGCCGGAUCGCUUUUCGGGCUUGGAUGACGAGAAAAUACGUAAAUUUGGGGCUGCCACACUUGCAAUCGCGCGGACAAGGCAUCAGGAAGCCAUGCGCGUUCUGGAUGCAGCCAAGCAAGAGGAACUUCGAUUGGAUGGCCCUACCCAAGCGAAAGGUAGUGGAGGAACACGAGACACUGAACGCCAGCAGCCACCGCGAAUGGAAGAAGAGCUCAAUCAAAUCUUUCAACGUAUCUCUCAACUUGAGUUUGCCGACGCCAAAGAGCUGUUGCGGCAGCAAAAAGACGCUCUUGAUCAAAUUGUUCCGCAAGGGGUUGCGGAGGCGCACGAUGGACGCCGCCAAAUAGGUCAUAGCUUGUAUGACCAAUUUCUGCAGGCAGGUGCACCGGAGGCUUACGGGGAGCCAACGUCAGCCACAACGGGGUUUCCGCCAUCUUGGUUCCUGGAUUGGGAUGAGUACACGUAUGCACGAGAGUUUUGGAGUAGUUCGUCCUGGGAGUAUUGGGAAUAG